AUGUACGCACAAAACCCCCCGAGCCGCUCGCCACUGGUGCCCGCAGUCCACGAGGACGGUCGCAGUUUCCACCUGUGCGCCGAAAAGUCCACUCCUCCACAUCGGCCGGAGUCGGCGCAGCUGUGGAGCAGAGGUAUCCAGACACUGACCGUCUCUCCUCCUCCUCCUCUCCUUUUUUGUCUUCCAGAACAAUCAGGACAAUCAGACAACUCAAACCAGCAAGGAGACACAGACGUGAAGCCCCCGCCAAAUGGCCACUUGAGUUUCCAGGACUGCUUUGUGACUUCAGGGGUGUGGAACGUAGCCGAGCUGGUCCGCGUGUCGCAGACACCAGUGGCUACAGCGACUGGCCCCAACUUCUCCCUGGCCGACCUGGACAGUCCUGGAUACUACAACAUCAACCAGGUGACCCUGGGACGGCGCUCCAUCACCUCCACCCCCUCCACCAGGACUGAAAUGGAGCUUUAUGCAAGUCUCCCACGGAGCUCCAACAAGCGCAAGUCCAUUGACGACAGCGAGAUGGAGAGCCCGGUGGACGAUGUCUUCUACUCGGGCCGUUCCCCGGCGGCCGGCAGCAGCUCUCAGUCCAGCGGUUGGCCUAAUGAUGUGGAUGCAGUGCAGCACCAUUUGGCCAGUGUGCAGGAGAGGAAGAUUAAGCAUGAGAACGAUGGAGUGCAGUUUCCUUACCAUGGACUGUCAUCGCCUGGUUCUCUUAAGAAGCCGGGGAAAUUCGAUUUCAGCGCCCUGUCCUCCCAGACGAGGUCCCCCCGCAUGGCGUUCACCCACCACCCACUGCCAAUGCUGGCGGGAGUGAGACCAGGGAGCCCCCGUGCGUCUGCCUCGGCCCUGCACUUCCCGUCUCCCUCCAUCAUCCAGCAGUCUAGCCCCUACUUCACCCACCCAACCAUCCGCUACCACCACCACCCUGGACAGGACCCCCUGAAGGAAUUUGUGCAGUUUGUCUGUGCUGAUGGCUCGGGGCAGGCCGCUGGACAGCCAAACGGGAGCGGCCAGAGCAAAAUGCCAGGCUCCUUCUUGCUGCCUCCACCUCCCCCAGUGGCCCGCCCAGUGCCCCUCCCCAUGCCCGACUCUAAACCCAACAGCACGCCCCCUGACGGCGGACUCUCCUCGCCCGCAUCUCCGUCAUACUCCACGCCAGGCGCCACAGCUCCCAACAGGUUUGUCGGCAUCGGAUCACGGGACAACAACUUUCUGAACAUCCCGCAGCAGACACAGUCUUGGUUCCUCUGACAAGAUCUGUGUGCAAACCAGCAACUAGAAUUCUUUCUUUACAAUUGGAAAUGGCAAACAGAGAAACAACCCGCAGGACGAUAACUGUCCUCCAAACCGACCCACCGACCGAUCCUGACCGUAUCGCUCACCUGAUACAAAAUAGAACCAAGCAACACAGGCAAUCGCAGCAGACACUUUUAGAGGAACUCUGGACUCAUUGACCCAAUCAGAGAGAGGACCUGUUUUAAGCAAAGAUGGAUGAACGGAUGGACAAGGGGAUGCCAGAAUAGAGGAAGGAGUAAAGGGACAAACGGUAACCAGCAGGCGUCUCUCCUGAAAAAAAAAAGAAAACCAGCACAACACGGCAGCAAACGCAAGGAGGAACGUGAGCGCGAGGACGCAUCGUGUAACGAACGGCGAAAACACAAAAACGAAAAUCAACUUUAAAAAUGAAAACAUGAAUCCACAGCCCGGCCAAGACACAAUUAGGUUUCCGAUGCAAGCUGCAGUCCAUGCUCCUGUUACGUCUGUCAUCGCCCCCGAAACAGAAUCAGAUUGUCUUUCUCUCGCCGUCUCUCUCUGAGCGACCAUUGAUUUACCUUUACUACUAACUAGAGAGAGAGAGAGAGACCAUGCCAAAACAUUUCUUGAUCGAAGGUUGCACUACAAGACGAAUCAAUUAACACUAAACGAUGUGCACUAUUUACCCACAAGGCACGAGCGGUAAACCAGACUUUACCUGUCAAGUUCUAGAGAGGGAAAGAAAAAAAAGAAAAAAGAAAAAAGGUCAAGGUAUAAAAUGCCUUCUUGUGUCCUCGACCCCCAUCUUUCAGUUUGACAAAUCAUUGGCCUCCGCUCACGCUCGCAUUUCCCCGUACAACACACACACACACACACACACA